AUGGCAGCACCUGUUGUGAAGGGGGCAGAUAUCGAAACACCAUCUCCACUUAUCCCAAAAUCAGCGACCUCAACAUCAAAACUCAUCGAGUUAGCGCAGACGAUUGCAAAAGAGACUGAGAAGCUCGAUCAGUAUAUCAAAGAUUGCGGCCUCCCCCAGCCAUCUUUUGAGGUCGAUGCUCCGUUGAACUUCCCGAAACUUCCAGAAGACGUCAAGAAAUCGAGAGAGGAGGUCGUGAGAGCUACGAAGGAGCUGGGGGAUCUAGUUGCUGGACCUACUGAUAGCGUACGAUGGAUGGCAUGGGAUCACAACAACUCCCUUUCCCUCCACGCAAUCUACCACUACAAACUCGCCCAACUCAUUCCCUUGGACACAUCCACCUCCUUUGCCACCCUCGCCCCCCUCACCGGUCUUUCCGAGCUGAAUCUCCGCCGUUUCCUCCGGCACGCAAUGACCAACCGCAUCUUCUGUGAACCCUCCCCCGGCCUCGUCGCUCACACAGCCGCCUCGCGCGUGCUCGCCACCGAUGCCGCAAUGAAUGAUUGGCUCGGUUUCUGCGUCGAGGACAUGUGGCCUGCCGCCUCGCAGACCAUCUCCGCGCUGAAGCAGAAUCCGGAAGCGGACGACAUGAAGCAGACGGGCUUUUGCAAGGCGAAUUACACGACAGAUGUGGAGCCUAUGUUUGCCACGUUUGGCAACGAUCCGCUGAGAGCGAAGAGGAUGGGUGGUGCGAUGAAGAGCUUGAUGGGUGGAGAGGGCUACGAGGUUGGGUAUUUGGUGGAGGGGUACGAUUGGGCUUCUCUGGACGCCAAAUCCGCUACCGUAGUCGAUAUCGGGGGAUCUCAUGGUCACGUUGCCCUCGCCCUGGCCGAACGCUUCAAGAACCUCAAAUUCGUGGUCCAGGAUCUGCCAAAGACGAUUGAUUCCGCUCCGGCGAUAGAGGGAGAGAUGGAAGAGAGGAUCCAGCUCCAAGCCCACGAUUUCUUCACGCCGCAGCCGGUCAAGGGUGCGGAUGUGUACAUCUUUCGCUGGAUCCUUCACAACCAUUCAGACAAAUACGCCGCCAAGAUCCUCACUUCUCUCAUCCCGGCGCUCAAGCACGGCUCUCGAAUUUUAAUCAACGACUACUGCCUUCCAGACCCUGGCAAAGAGUUGGAGAGUAUCGGCGAAGAGAGGGUGCUGCGGACGAUGGAUUUGGUGAUGCUCACUCUGCUGAACGCGCAGGAACGGAGCGAAGCGGACUUCGCCAACCUAUUUGGCAAAGUUGAUAAGGGGUUUAAGUUCAUUGGGAGCAGGAAGCCGGCGGGGUGUAGGAUGAGUAUCGUUGAAGCUGCGUGGGAGGGGGAGGAUUUUGGCGGGGAGAAGAAGAAUGAGGCAGAGGCGAAGGCGACGUUGUGA